GAAAGCUCUUGUUUUAAGAUAGAAAAAGUCGGAAAUCAUCGAAAAGAAUUAUUGAUUCAAUAAUAAAUGAAUUGAUAAUAUUAUUUGGCUGCACAAAACAUCGAUGUGUUUGAGUAAUUGCAAAAGCAUCGAUGCAUCGAUAGUGCCAUCGAUGUUUCACCACCUCUAUUUGUGAUUGUGUGUGAUCCCAAAAUACAGUUGUUGGCAUUCGCUAUUAAUUAAAUCAGCACCCGACUCGCAGCCUUUUAACAAACCAACAACAGCUGAGAGUGUGAACGAGCGAAUGCGAGAGAGAGAGAGAGGGAGAGCGAGCGAGCGAGCAAUGUGGAAAUGAGAGAGCAGCAACAGCAGCCCACUUUUGACUUCCACAAGAACACCAGCAACGAAAGCAGCAACAACAAGAACAAUUGUUUCUUACACCAGCCCAAGCUGAAAAACACCGGCACAACAGAAACAGUAAAAGCAGCAACAGCAGCAGCGCUGCCAGCGAUUUGUUGGUAAUUAAAAGCAAAGCAAAUACAACAACUACGCAGCAGCAGCAGCGUAGCAGCGACGUCGACAGCAAACGGCAAGCGACGACGUCGUAUAACGGAACAGACUCAAUUCGUGCAUUGAUCGUGUCGCGUCGCGUCAACUUGCGUCGUUUUAUACAAAAAUAGCAACACGCCAAGGAGUGAGCGAGAAGGAGUGAGUGGGAGAGAAAGAGCAUUGUAUUCUGUGUUGGAUUUGGAUUACACUUAAUAACCACAACAACAAAAGCAACAAUAAUCAUACACGACAAUAAUAUCAACAACAACAACAACAAAUAAACAAACAAACAACAGCACAAGCAACCAGCAACAACAACACCAACAACAACAGCAAGUGCGAGUGAGACAGAAGCGACGCUGGUGUCGCUGCGACGUCUCGAGUUGCUGAGAACGCCGCCAAAAUUUCACUGGAUCUAAUGGCCAAAGACGAGGAGGAUGAUCUGCUGCCCGACAAGGAUGCGGCCAAGGGCUUCUAUGCCAAAUAUGAGCCCAAGGAAAUUCUGGGCAGGGGCAUCAGUUCGACGGUGCGACGAUGCAUCGAGAAGGAGACGGGCAAAGAGUUUGCCGCUAAGAUCAUCGAUCUGGGCGCCACAACGGAGGCGGGCGAAACGAAUCCAUAUCAUAUGCUCGAGGCAACGCGACAGGAAAUCUCAAUUUUACGCCAAGUGAUGGGUCAUCCCUAUAUAAUUGAUUUGCAGGACGUCUUUGAAUCAGAUGCAUUUGUAUUUCUCGUCUUUGAGCUGUGCCCAAAAGGCGAACUCUUUGACUAUCUGACAUCGGUGGUAACGCUAUCCGAGAAGAAGACACGCACCAUUAUGCGACAGAUCUUUGAGGGAGUCGAGUACAUACACGCCAAGAGCAUUGUCCAUCGCGAUCUGAAGCCCGAGAACAUAUUGCUCGACGAGAAUCACAAUGUCAAGAUCACAGAUUUUGGUUUCGCCCGUCAACUGCAUGAUGGCGAGAAACUUACGGAUCUGUGCGGCACACCGGGCUACUUAGCCCCCGAGACGCUCAAAUGCAACAUGUUCGAAGGCUCUCCAGGCUACUCACAGGAGGUGGACAUUUGGGCCUGCGGCGUUAUAAUGUUCACUUUGCUUGUCGGUUGUCCGCCGUUCUGGCAUCGUAAGCAGAUGGUCAUGCUGCGCAAUAUUAUGGAAGGUAAAUACAGUUUUACCUCGCCGGAGUGGGCCGAUAUUUCAGAGGAUCCCAAAGAUCUGAUACGCAAAUGUCUAGUCGUUGAUCCUGCGCAACGUAUCACCGUCAAGGAAGUAUUAAGACAUCCAUUCUUCAAUCAAAUGGUUCUAAUGAACGAUUUGACAAUGGCGUGGCAUCCGCCAGCGAUGCGUCAGCAUUCGCAAACAGCGACCACAUCCAGCCGAACCUACCUCAAUCAUGCGAUCAUGGAGCCAACGAGCAGCAGCAGCUACAGUGGCAACAACAACUCCUCCUACAUUUACUACAGUGCACCGCAGAGCUCCUAUUCAUCGAAUCGAUUGCGCGAUGUUGCGCUCUCGCCCGACGCCGAGCGACAACAGCAACUCCAACAGCAACAACAACAACAACUCCAACAGCAACAAGUGUUGGAGGCAGCAACAGCUGCAGCAGCAGCAGUAACGGCAGCAACAUCGUCGUUUUCCAACACUGGCAGCUCAUCGAUGACGCUAACGGCGACUGUUUACUAUUCACAACAACAACAACAGCAGCAGGCAUCGAUACCAGCGAUAAGCGGCGAUAUCGAUAACGAUAAGUUGCUGUAUGCAAAUGUCAAACAACAACAACAACAAGCACAUUUAUUAUAUCCCACAGUGCAGCUGCGGAAACAGAGUCGCUUCAAUGCACGCAAAAAGUUCCAAUUUGCCAUAUUAGUGAUACGUGCCGUGAUCAGGAUACGACGACUGCGCUACACUGCAGAGCCGCUGCAUGUCGAGGAAGCCAUACGCGAUCCAUAUCGCGUCAAAGUGUUGCGCAAGGUCAUCGAUGGCUGCGCUUUCCGCGUUUACGGCCAUUGGGUGAAGAAGGGCGAGGGACAGAAUCGUGCCGCCCUCUUCGAGAAUACUCCGCGCACCGAACUCCAUGCGCUCUACAUCAACAAUCUCAGUCGAUAGGAAGCGGAAGACGCACACCAACACACAAACACACAUACACAUGCACAUAUAAACACACACAUACAUACAAAACACGAAAAUUAGCAAAAGUAAUUAAACGACACACACAUAAAAUACGUAUCAAACACACACACACCAAUAACAGCAACAAAGUGUAAUCAGCAAUCGGUUCGGUUCUGUUUGUAUGUACAAUUAAUUUUUUUUUCUUGUUUUUUGAAAUCUCCACAUCAUUAUUAUGUUGUGUAUGUACAAGAGCUGAAAAGAAAAAUGGAAGGAGUUAGUGUAGAAAUUAAUACUAUUCACACAACAUACAUAUACUACAUACAUACAUACAUAUAAUUAGUAUGCUAGUUUUACCUAUGUACAUACUUACUUACAUACAUACAAUUAAACGCGAAUUGUCGCCAAUAAUACAACGACAAGAAGCACAACUACAACAUGAGAAGAAAUGAGAAGGCAACAGAUGUGCAUGUAGUAGUGAGAGUAGUAGUAGUAGUGAGUACGAACCGUAAAAGGCCUUUGCCUCCCCCUUUACCCACUCCCCGCUCGACAUACAUAACGAGUGAGUAAAGAGGAAUAAGAAAACACCAACAACAACAACAACAACUACCAAUCAACAAAUCAAGCAAAAACAAACAUACAUAGAUGCAUAUGUAUUUUCUGUUAACGAUUUUAUUAAAUUAUUUAAAUAUAUUGCUAAGCGUUUACAUUUUAAUUGUUAUGUUGUAGUAUACAAAAUAAAUAAAAAAAAAAAUACAAAAAAA